GAAAGUGAAGUAAAGAAAAUUUUGACGCAAGAUAAUUUGGAAUUAUGACUUUCUCCCAUGCCAUGACAGAAGUUUCGGAAUGUAUGCCAAGUGUUUAUUGCAAGAAGGAAACGCUAAUUAUUAAUUGCAUUUUUUCAAGUUCUUUAAUUCACAAUUAAAAAUAUUGAAAUUUUAUGUUUUGUUGGAACUGUUGCUAGCUCGACAAGGAAAUUGGAAAAGUCUUGGAAAUAGAAUAAUUCUGUUUCCAGAUUUAUUGAUCAUGAAACUUAAAGAGUGGUUUUCGUGAAGGAUGAUUUUUCCGUUGUAUUUUGUUUUUAUUUAUGCAAGUACACAGGCCUAUGCUUCUGACACUCACAGUAAAUGCAUCUAUGAGCAAGAGGGGGAAAUCACAAGGCAUUUUUAUGUUGAUGAAUAUGAUUUACCACUAAGGAUUGAAGUCAGCAGUCGGACAUCGCAUCAGUUAGUGUCACAUAUCUUGCGAAUUCUUUUAAAUGAAGUUGUUGGGUACCCACAUGUCUAUCUUUUUACUCAUGAUGAAGCGGCAGGCAAUGCGACAAGUACUUUGCAAAAAAUAUCAUCAUGUUAUGCUCCUAACAAUUGCUCUGACGUUGACGUAUAUGGACCAGAGAUUAUGAUAAAUGUAGAAGUCUGGCUAGUUCCUGGUUUUAACUUGGAGGGAUGGAUUAGCACCGGACAGGUUGAUGUAUUGGGCCCUCUUGGACCAGUUGGAAGGUCUGGCUGGUAUAUUCCCGAAUACAUCGUAAAAUACUUUUGGGAAUCGAAUAAUACCGUUAUUGAUCACUGGAGAGCUUUCACAUUACCUGAAAUUGUUAAAUACUUUGAGCUCUCUAAAGAUGAAUUAAAUGAACUUAUGGGAGGAAAUCGCUAUUGUUCGCUCAAAGAAUGUGGCCGUGAUGGUAUCUAUAGGCCUAAGCAAUGUCUGCAACCCGGGAUACAGUGUGCUACACUUCUAGCUGACUUUCCAGCUUCCAACAUCGAACUUCUGAAAAAAGAAAUAACAGAUUUAGGUCUUCUGGUUAACGUUGCAUGGAUUGGUGAACAGUUGAAAAAAGUUAUUGAAACCCGAACUACAGCUAGGAAAUAUACUUUAUUUUUUCACAGAAUGCCAAUGGCAUUGAGCAGCAUAGAAACAUUUACCCACGUUUCAUUUCCCAACUGCGAAGAUAGCGAUUACACGUCCUGCGAUUUUGAAAUUAACCAGCUGGAAAAGAUAGUAUGGUCCAAGAUCAGAACAAAUGCUCCGCAUGCCUAUCAUGUUCUAAAGGCUCUGUCAUUUGAUCAAACUGCCUAUAUGAAGCUAUUAGAACGUUACAUGGUGGGUCGAAGUCGUGGUUUUAGUAUACAGGAUAUAGCUUGCGCUUGGAUGAGACAAAGUAUUUAUAUCUGGGACAAAUGGAUUCCUGAUGACAAUAGAAACAAAGCCAAACUUUACAUUGGAGGAAUUUUUCCAAUGACCGGAAUCUACUAUCAACAGAGCGGGGUUAUAACAGCUGCUGAGAUGGCUGCUAGAGCAGUAAAUGAGAACGAGACCAUAUUGGCAAACUAUAAUUUGACUAUAUUAGUACAGGAUGGACAUUGUGCAGCUGACGAAGUCAUGAAAAGUUUUAUCAACUAUGUUACAAAUGUUACUUAUCACACGAUGGUUGGAAUUUUAGGUCCUGCUUGUUCAGACACUGUGGAGCCAAUAGCUGGCGUUGCAAAACAUUUCAAUACAAUUAUAUUAAGUUACAGCGCUGAAGGUGCCCUAUUCAGUAAUCGGGAGAAAUAUCCAUAUUUUUUUCGAACAAUUCCAGAAAAUAACCAAUUUAGGUACGUGUACUUAAAAUUAUUUCAAAAACUAGGAUACACUCGAGUAGCGGCGUUGACUGAAGAUGGCCAAAAAUAUCCAGAAUAUCUAUCUUAUCUACAAGAUUCAAUGCAAAAUCAUGGAAUGACAUUUUUAGUGAAUCGAAAAUUUCCUAGAGACAGAGAAACUCUAGAUAUGACACCGUAUUUACAAGAUUUGAAGGAUAAAGGGGCCAAAAUAAUAAUUGGGGAUUUCUUUGAUUAUGCUGCUAGAGCUGUUAUGUGCGCUGCUUUUAAACUGGGUAUGACAGCAGCUAAUGGGUAUGUAUGGUUCCUUCCACGGUGGUUCAAUUCGAAUUGGUAUGACACAGAUAAUUUUCAUUCUGAAGUUCCAGACGGCUUUGAGAUGGUUGGAUGUACCACCAAAGAAAUGGUCGCAGCAAUAAAUGGCCAUAUGAGUCUUUCUUACAAAUAUUUUGGGGACCCAGACCAAAAGAUGCAGGAAGGACGGAAUGUUGGGGAUUGGUUGCAAAAGUACGAUGUAGUUUCAAAGCAAGAGGGUAGAGAAAGAAGUUUUUAUGGUGGAUAUGCUUAUGACGCUGUCUGGGUCUAUGCUUUGGCCUUGGAUGUUUUAUUUAAGGAAAAUAAUUCUCAUGUUGCAACUCUUCACACCGCCAAGACUUCAAGACGCCUUGUAGAAAUUCUAAAUGAAACAAGUUUCGAUGGUGUAAGUGGACCACUUCAUUUUAUGGGCUCAAGUCGAGUCUCUGAUGUAAUUAUUACUCAAUGGGUAAAUCAUACAGUGCGGGAAAUUGGAGUAUAUCGCCCAACUUCUCCGAGCAAUGGGAUAUUGGAACUUAACGAAUCAGAGAUACGGUGGCAAACGGAUGAUGGUCGUAAACCUGAAGAUGGAUCCAAACAAUAUUCCAACUGUUCUGUAGAAGGUCUAAGAAAAUUGCUGAAUGUUACUUGUGACGUAGCGGUAGUAGUUGCAAAUUUUAUAGGACUGGCACUUUUCGCUGUAGUUGUGAUGGCUGGAAUAAUUUUCUACAAGCGUCGUUACGAAAAAAGGAUGAAAAUUACGGAGGCAAGAAUGAAAGAAUUGGGCCUGAUGGCCAACAGCGGACCUUUCGCCCUCGACGAAUGGGAAAUGCCGAGAGAUCACAUUGUAAUCAACCGGAAAUUAGGUGAAGGAGCUUUUGGCACUGUUUAUGGCGGAGAGGCUCACAUCAAAGACAAAGGAUGGAUUGCUGUGGCCGUAAAGACUUUAAAAAAUGGCGCCAAACCAGAAGAAAAGUUAGAUUUUCUUAGUGAAGCUGAAGUCAUGAAACAAUUUGAUCACGUAAAUAUAGUCAAAUUAGUUGGUGUUUGUACAAUGGGCGAGCCAGUUUAUACUGUGAUGGAAUUUAUGCUCUAUGGUGAUUUGAAAACAUAUCUUUUGAGUCGUCGCAGCAUAGCGGCUCAAAAGGAUCGAAUGAACAAUGACGAAGUAUCGGAUAAAAGAUUAACUAACAUGGCAAUGGAUAUUGCUCGAGGUCUGAGCUACUUGGCAGACAAGAAAUUCGUCCAUAGGGAUCUUGCCUGCAGAAAUUGCUUGGUUAACAUUUCAAGGUCAGUCAAAAUCGCUGAUUUUGGGAUGUGUAGAGCCAUGUACGAUUCUGAUUACUAUCGAUACAAUAAGAAAGGAAUGCUACCUGUCCGAUGGAUGGCCCCCGAAAGUCUUAUUGAUGGUCUUUUCACUCCGCCGUCUGAUGUAUGGAGUUAUGGCGUCGUAUUGUAUGAAAUCAUUACCUUUGCCAGUGUUCCUUACCAAGGUUUAUCUAACAGUCAAGUUCUUGAGCACAUAAAGAAUUUUAAUACUUUACCGAUUCCAAAGGGAUCAAAGCCUGAACUAACUGCACUGCUACAAAAGUGCUGGGCGAGAUGUCCUCAAGAUAGGCCUCAAGCAGUCGAGAUAGUUGAAAUAUUAGCGCAAAAUCCGGAGUUAAUAUCUCCUUGUCUUGAUGUCCCUACAUCUAGCGUUGAAGUUAUGGAUACAGGAACUUUAGAACUUCCAAUGCAAGAUCGUACCAGAGGACAGUCUUUAUCGUCAAUUUGGCAGAGCCGUAGAAACAUGGCUUCGUUGGAUCUGACUGAUGCUGAUCUCGAUUCACAUCAAAUUUCAAUGAACAGCCAUGAAAAUUUGAUUUUAAAACAUGGGUUUAAAUUCAAUAAGAAAACGCUGCAUGAAAGUUUUAGAAGAAUUAAAAGAGAAUUCAAUAAAGAAAAGAAAGAAUCUUCAGAUUUUUUCCCAGAGAUCACGUAUCUUUAAACCUUUAUUCUUACGAAAACCAAUGCGUUUUAAUAACAGAAAAGGGAGUGAGGAAAUUUGCGAGAGGAAAAAAAGUACUUUGGUUUUUCAUGAUGUAAAUAGCAAUAUUUGCUGUGUUAUGUGUUUUUGAUUGUCUUAUAUUUGCGCUCUUGUUUUAUUUGCAAUUCAGUUUCUCUGAAAGGAAAUGUGCUCUGCUUCAUGUAACAUUUUGAUAUGGUUCUAGAAAAGAUUUAAAAAUCGAAAUUUUCAUCAUAAAAUUGUCAAAGCUAUUUUUUGUAAAUAAGUAGCCUUAAAUUUUGUUUCCUCUAUCUGUAUGUGGCAAUAACCUAUUUAGUAGAAGAAAAAAAUAAGUGAAAAAAGAUUAAACAUAAGUUUUUUUUAAUACAAAUUUAGUCUUAGUUUAUAUAUUUUUGUUCAAAUUUGUUAUUUUCAUUUUUUUUCUUGUUGCAUGAAGCAGUGAACAUGGACUGCCUGCUUAAGUUGGAUUUUCUUUUAAUGCUAAAGUUAUUUAUUUCUGUAUAUUUUGUAAAGUAUCUCACUUUAUGAUGCGAUCUUAGAUUUAACAAAUUUUCUGCAAACCUAUAAGAUUUUUUUUGGUGUGUGUGUAAUCUUCAUACUCGCAAAACAAGACGAAAAAGUGUUCUAAUUUUACCAAUAAUUGAGAAGCUCUAUGAGAGAAAAAAAUAACUUUUUCAAAUAGCGUAGAGUGUAUCAAUGCACUUUUGUAUAAGGUUAACAUUUAGAAACCACUGAUUUGCAAAAAAAUUUUCCCAUCAUUUUUGAAUUUUGUAAAAAGUCAAUGAUUUUGUAUUUCACUUGUAUUGCAUGAUAACAAUAUUUUACCAUUUCACAAAAUAAUUAUCCUCUAGAGUGAUCCUCAUUGUAAAUCCCAUUUUAAUUCUUAUGAUCAUUUUUGUAGAUUAAUGAGUAAUUGAUCUCAUUAAAAUUAAUUCUGUUUUAAAAUACUCCCAAGUAAAUAUUUGGACUUUUUAAAUUUCUCUGUAAAUCAUAAUUUUAGUAAUUUGAAAACUGUAAGGUUCACGAUGGUACAUAAGUUCUUUUUUCGAAAGAAAUCUACAGUUAUUUUAGAAAAUAUAUUGCUAGAACCAUUCUAUAAUUUUUUUUUCGAUAUAAUUAUUCGCAAUAAGCUUUGAAAAAAAUCUAAAAUACUUUAGUCGCUAAAAUAAAGAUUAUAAUUACUGAUUUAAUGCAAUUGAAUUGCUGGAGUAAAAAAAAAAUUGCUUAACUUCAGAAAAUAUACAUAAAUACGUUUCCUUUCCUUCAAUUUGUCUGCUGUAAAAAUGUACCAGUUAGUCUAGUUACUUCCUCUCUAAACAUUUUCCUGUUAAAAAAUUACACGCUUUUGUACUAAUUUACUAAACGAAUUAAUGACUAAAUUGUUUUCAUUAACCAAAUUUGCAUGAAAUAUUUAGAGUUUUUAGUUUCGUGGUUUUGUAAUUUUGAUAACUGGUUUUCUAAUAAAAGUUGGCUUGUGUAUUGCAAAUUAGUUAUUGAGAAUUGUUAAAUGUUUUAUAGGACGUAUUCUUUGUUAUGUUCCCUGACUACAGAAUAAUUCUAUUCUUGUAGUAUGUUAACUUUUGAUGCAAGAUUUUAUGGUUGUUAUUCAUGUUUAAAUCUGUAAGAAUAUAAUUGUUGUAGACUCAUGAUGUGAAUGAAUUCGGUAAUUUUAAUAACUUAUGAUAUAAAUACAAGUGACUUUUGUAACAUUUAUUUUUUAUUGUUUGCUGUACAAUUAAAAUUUAAUUUCAGCUUUAAGAAUUAAAGCUAUGCUUUUUAAUUUAUUUGCGAGUUAACUGUUAACUAAUUUUAGUGUUUCGAUCACACACUACUUUUUCGUGUUUUAAAAAUUGGUUUAUAUUUUAUGGUGUAUAAUAAAGAUAUGCGUUAAAAAUUAUUUAUACUUUCUAAUUUCGUUUUAUUUUUUUAAAUUUUUGUACUUAUCAGUUUACACAAUAUAGCCUCUUUUAUUUGGUUUGUUAAAUCGUGUUAAAAAAACUUUUAAGUUCUGUAUGUAAGAAAGUUGUUUAGUAUUCUUUAUAAAUAUUACU